AUGACGCGAUCGAAUCCGUAUCGCGUCAUGGCCGUCGACUCGACGCGUCCAUCUUCUGCUUCUUCCCCAGCUGUCGCCUCAACAACGACGACGAAUGACGUCAUGGACAAUGACGGCGACGAGACAGAGGCGUCCAUUCUCCGCUUCAUGGCGUCCACGGACGGCGCCAAGUUGCUGGACUCGAAUCCCAAAGUGUUCGCCGUGCUCGCGUCUGCGCUCAACAACAACCUCAAGAAGGUGCCGCCGUUUCCGGCGACAUCUGGUGGUGGUGUCGUGGGUGACCCGGCCUUGGACCGUGGAUCUGUGGGUGGUGCCAUCACCACCACCACCGCCAGAGGCAAGCAAGACAAGGUGUUGUUUCUGGGCGAGGACAAUCGGAAGCGGCUGCUGUUGGGCGUGUGUUGCCUGGCGGCGUUUGUGACGAUGUGGUUGGAGGGGCGACACCCCGUGACGAUCGCAGCAUUUAGCGUUCUUCUCUACGCCUUCCUCUCCCUCCCGAUGGCGUUCGGCUACAUUGUGGUCAACAUGGCCGCGGGCUACAUUUUCGGCGUGUUUGGCGGCAUGCUGGUCACGGUGACCACAGUGGCUACCGGAGUGGCGCUCGCUCACGUCGCCAUGCGCCAUUAUUGUCGGCCGGGCAUCGUGGCGCUCAUUGCCAAAGUGCUGCCGGCGGAGUAUCACAGAGCGCUUUUCAAGUUGCUGGCUGGACCCGAAGCGCUCAAGAUCGUCUUCUUGACUCGCCUCACGCCGAUCCCGUUUGGGCUGCAGAAUGCCAUUUUUGCUGUUACCAAUGUUACCACAAAAAGUUACCUUUAUGCCACAGUCGCUGGGCUGUUCCCAACUCAAUGCCUCAAUGUCUACCUUGGCAGUACCCUGAGGAGUCUGGGAGACAUUUUGUCUGAAGGCGGACUGUCUCUUGUUGGCUAUGUUGUGCUCAUUGCCCAGGCAGGGGUGAGCUUGGCUCUCAUGUGGAUGGUCCUGCGAAAAGCCAAAUCGGAAUUGAUGAAAGCUGUGUACAUGUAUGACUCAACCGAGUCGACCUGCAGAGUGUGGUUUGAAUCUGCAAAACACAAUCGGAAAUAUCAAGCAGUUGCAGGAGGAGCUGCGAUCUGUAUGGUGAUGCUAUUAUGUUUGUCUGGAGGACCAGGAACCAGUGGAUUCAUCAGCAUUGGUGGAGACCAGACUGAAGCUCCUUUUAAAGGGAAAAUUCCCAGGACAAAAGAGGAUUGGAAAUCUUUGGAUUUGACUGGGAAAAUCCCUGAAGCAGUUCUUGCCAGACUACCUGAUGUUGAGGUGCAGGAAGGGAGCAUAUUUGUGAUGGGGAUGCCUGUGUUUUAUCGCCAGGCCAAAACUCGCUCCUUGUCACAACCUCAUCAGCAGGUGCUUUUGCUGCAUGGGGCCUCAUUCAGUUCGAAGACCUGGCUAGAGUUGCACACUCUGCCACUGUUGGCCGCCAUGGGCCACCACGUCGUAGCAGUCGAUCUGCCUGGCGGCACUGAGUCGCUCACUCCAGCCGUCCCCGUGGCUCCCCACUUUCAAAAGGACUUCCUGGAGGCGUUCAUCAGCCGAGCUGGCUUGAAACCCGCUGUUGUUGUGUCCCCUUCCAUGUCUGGCACGUUUUCCUUGUCACUGCUCAGGUCAAAGCCUGAGAUGUUUGCGGGUUUUGUGCCUGUGGCGCCGGUCAUGUCUGACGAGUUGACCCAAGAGUACCUGGGGUCACUCCGGGUGCCGACCUUGGUCUUGUACGGGGAUCGGGACCAGCACGGGAAAAGGGUGAGCGAAAAGCUGGGCAAAAUACCCACUAGUAGGGUUGUGAUGAUUGAGGAAGCCUCGCAUCCCGCUUAUAUCGACCAACCUGAUGUUUUCCAUGAGUUGAUGUACAACUUUCUGAGACUCUUGACUGAGAUGACCGUCCCCGUGGCUCCCCACUUUCAAAAGGACUUCCUGGAGGCGUUCAUCAGCCGAGCUGGCUUGAAACCCGCUGUUGUUGUGUCCCCUUCCAUGUCUGGCACGUUUUCCUUGUCACUGCUCAGGUCAAAGCCUGAGAUGUUUGCGGGUUUUGUGCCUGUGGCGCCGGUCAUGUCUGACGAGUUGACCCAAGAGUACCUGGGGUCACUCCGGGUGCCGACCUUGGUCUUGUACGGGGAUCGGGACCAGCACGGGAAAAGGGUGAGCGAAAAGCUGGGCAAAAUACCCACUAGUAGGGUUGUGAUGAUUGAGGAAGCCUCGCAUCCCGCUUAUAUCGACCAACCUGAUGUUUUCCAUGAGUUGAUGUACAACUUUCUGAGACUCUUGACUGAGAUGAGUAAGUCGCAUUAA